AUUUAAUUAAUUAUCUUCUAUACAUUACAUUCAUAUUUCAUAAUCACAGAAUCAAGGAAAAGAUAUAUAUGAUCAUCAAAAUUUUAUCAUAAAAUUGAUGAUUAAUCCAAAAUAAUGACCAAGAUUAAGGUUAUAAUCAUCUUUGGGCUAAGACUUAUAGCUUUAGCUGCUUCUGUUGUAACAACUAUUGUUAUGGGAACUGCUCAUGAUUCUGCUACUAUUUUGAACUUCAAAUUUGAAGCCAAAUUCUCCAAUUCUCCUGCUUUCAAGUAUUAUGUGAUAAUCUAUGGAAUUGUAAGCUGCUAUUCUCUGGCAAUUCUUUUGCUUCCUUACAAGAACUUGCUAUGGCGCCUAAUACUGGUUUUAGAUACGGUGGUAACACUAAUGUUAAGUACAGCAGUAUCAUCAGCAUUAUCAAUAGCAUAUGUAGGAAAGAAAGGGAAUACAAAUGCAGGUUGGCUCCCAAUAUGUGGGCAAGUUCCCAAGUUCUGUGAUGAGACUACUGCUGCUCUUGUUGUUGGCUUUGUUGCACUUAUUCUCUACCUUCUCAUACUCCUCUAUUCCCUUUAUGCUGCUCUUAGUCCUUUCUUUUCUGUAAACUCCUAACCUAAGCUGAGAGAUUUUUUAACCACAUUCUCGUUAUGGAUAUGGGUUGCCGUUUGUUUUUUCCUCCCCAGUCUAUGCUCAUAGUUUUUAUGAGCAGGAUACACUUAGUAUUAUAGAUGAUAAAACUCCUA